AUGUCGAACUCCUUGCUUUAUCUUCGUCAGCCUCCGAUGGCUCCGAUGGCUCCCAUGGCUCCCAUGGCUCCCAGGCCUCCAGGAGUGCCAAUUGUUCCUCCGCGGCAGCAGGAAACAACAACAAGAAAACGUGCAUCUUCCAAAAAGACAAAGCGAACAAGCCAAGAGUGGCGACAGGAAUUGUUGGCAAUCUAUGCAGAUAUUCUCCGUGUUCGAUCCACGGGCGAAAAGCUAUCUCUUCGAGCAUUUUGCAUGAAGCAACCAAAUGAAAAUGAUUCGAAUCGAUACAAACGGAUUGCUGCCAUUUGGAGUGAGCUCCAUUUGGAGGAUUUCCUUUCCAAGAAAACACCAGCAACUGAUCCACUUCUACUUGAAACAGUCAACAAACGUUUUCCAAUUGUCAUCGAGGAGUCUGCAGUGGCAGUUGUGACGAAACGAAAGAACGAGAUGCGGUCGCCGGAAGAAUGGCGUACCUUGCUUUUGAACGUCUACAUUUUCCUUUUGAGUGCCAAGGCGUCAAACAGGAAGGAGAGUAUUCGAUCCUACUGUGUGAAUGUUCUGAAAGAAGAGCAAGGGUAUAGGAGAAUUGCAGAAAUUUGGAAGGAGCUGCAAUUGGAUUCGCUCCUAGCAAGUGAUGUGACAUCUAUGGACGAACGUCUCACAAGCAUUCUCAUCCAACGAUUCCCACUGCAUGACAGCUCCACAACCGGGGUUGCCAAGCGAGAUUUACGUCCCCAGUCCAAUUCAUAUUUUGACGCAGGCGAAGAAGCAACGCUCUGUGAGAUUGUUGCUGGCUGUGCGAGGGCAGGAUUUCCGCUCGAAAAGGCCGAUCUGAAAACUCUCGCUGAACAAUAUCUCAUUGCUGAUGGAAUCAGAGGAGGAAUCAAUAGCACAGGAAGGAUGAGUAUGGACACAGUGGAACGCCUUUACAAGGAGGGACAACUGCUGGCCAAAUCGAAUGUCAAUCCAAUCGACCCAAAGAGAGCAGCACAGGCUGACAAGCAAGUUCUGAAUGCAUUCUAUCACCAAGUUGAUGCGUUUGUGAAGAUUGCACAUGAGUUGAAUCCCACUGUUUGGCCAGACGAAAAGUAUGCAAAUAUCCCACCUACUAGGAUUUACAACACUGACGAACAAGGACCCAAUCCAACACAUCUACGCAAUCCUGUGCUUAUUCCAAAGGAUAUGUUGGAGCGCUCUCGUCUCUUUCAAAACACGAGGGAAGGUGAUGGAAAGAUGGCAUUUCAUUACAGCGUGGCCAACAUUGUGAGAGCUGAUGGAGUCCAGUGUCAUCCACACGAGUCGAUAGAAGGAGCACCAGCACCAUACGUCCUCAUCUCAGAUGCCUCAGGUAGCAACGACCUUGACAACAUGGAUAAGGCCGAUCGUGACAAGAUCCUUGCAAACCAAAGUGAAUCUGAUGAAAUUACGCUCAAUCCAAGCGUUCUAGAUGGCUGGUUUGAUGAUUAUCAAGUCGGAAGAAAUGACAAGGAAGUUAACAAAUAUGGCUUUCAAGUGCGGACAACACCAACUGGAAGCAUGCUGAAGCGAACGUUCUUUGACUUCAUGCUACAUUUCAUUCGGCACCUUCCACACGACCAAGGUCCAAACGGUGUUGGCGUGGUCCUUUUUCUUGACUGGCAUUGCUCUCGUGAGUGCCCUCAGUCGCUGUUGACAGCUUUUUUUGUAUACAAUGUGAUGCUCUUUGUGUUGCCGUCCAAGACUUCCAUCUGGGCCCAACCAUGCGAUAAUGGAAAGAACGAGCUCACGGCAAAGGAUAUUGCAACGGCUGCUCACAGUCUUGGCCUGUUCACUGGCUCAACUCUUGAUCAUCUUGAAGCAAACAAGAUCUUUCGCCAAGGUCUGGAAAAGAAUUGCCUUGAUCAAAACGAUGAGUUGCGUCGGACGGGAAGCAAUGCAGUUGUUAGCUCAUUCAAAAAGACUGGGUUGUAUCCGAUGGAUUACGACAAUGAAGGAUGGAAAUCAGCCAUUCAAAACUUUGGAAAGCUGAAUGAACUCUUGCGAGAGCAAAGAAGAGAAGCUGGAGAGCGACUGCCAGAGUUUUAUUGGGUGGUUAAAGCAAAAGCUGUCGACCAGAGAGACCAGCUGAGCCAGCAAGAAGUAGAUUCGAUUAGAAGCUUCCUCCCAAUCGACGACUUUCUUGUCAAUUUUGGAGAUGAAGAUGAUGGAGACGAUGGAUCCAAUCCAGUGGAGUUGCCGCUCCUAAUCCUUGCAGUUGCUAUUGCUGAGCAGCUGCUUGGAAGCUGUACGCUGGAUCCAACAAGAGACGUGAAUGAAGCUCCAACUCCUCAAACUCGCUGCGAGACGGCAGCUUUGAAGCUUGUUGAGUUUAUUGCCGUGACACCCGACAAUCUUGUUGACACCGACUGCACUCUAUCAAGCGCGGCAAUUGCCAAAGACAAGCUCAGGACAAAGCUAUCAUUGGUCAAAUUUGGUCACUCGGUUGUGCUCCGAAAGAGGGAUGGCAAUGGGUCCUCUACUGUCAAUCUGACGAAGCAAAAACCAAACCAAUUCAUUAUACUCGACAAUGCAAAAAGAGAAAGUCGCAACUUCACAGUGAUGAAAGUGUCUGAUAUUAUGGAGCAAUGCUAUGAUGCUAAUGACGAUGAUGCCUAUGUGCUUACAAAGAAAGACAAACGGAAAGGACAAAAAAAAGCAAGGGUAGCACGAAAGAAAACCAACAACAAGCUUUACGAAGCCGCAAUCGAAGAGGCUGACAGUCGCCGACUAAAGAGGAAUAUUGAGAGCAUCACCAACAAGCUCGUGGCGAAGAGGCCGCGAUUUGCACGGCAGCUGGCGAUCCUUAUGGAACAAGAGGAGCUUGAAAUGGACGACCUCUACGCUGAGUUUGAAGACGUGGCAAUGGAACCUUACACGGACGUGAUUUCGGUCUCUAGAGACGACAUUACGAAGGAUAUCGCCGUUACCAGAGCUGGAACAGAUGUCACUGCAGUGGGAUACCGGGUUGAGCUUGCUUUCCACAAGCUCAUGCUAGAGCUUAAAGCUAAAGGCGACAAGAAAAGGCGCACACGUAAAAGAAAACCUGGCCAAAAAACCAACAUCGGCAAGUGUGGUGUUGUUUGUGGUAUCCUCAUUCAACGCCAACACAAAGAAGAAGAGCUCAAAGCACUUGAAAAGGAGGAAAAAGGAGCGGCCGAUGAGCUGGAAAAGCUGAAGGCUUUGCAUGAAAAAGCAACGGAGCUGACACAAACAGCUAACUUUUGGAAGUGGGAUGUAGUCAAAGGGGCGAAGCGAUCUACCCUUGCCAGACUUUGUGGCGUGUAUCGGUCGUCCGCGAAGGCUAAUGAUCUAGAAGCAAGCAUCAAGGCGCUAAGUUUGUCGGAGCAAUCUGUAAGAGAGAAGAUUGCAAGCUUAGCAUCAAAGAUUGAGGCGACAGAAGGAUCAAUUGCUCCGCUUGUAGCUAGGAGACGCGAAAGGGAAGACUUUCUAGAUGACACGCAAGAAUAUGCACUGUCAACAACAGAAUACAGAGACAAUGAUGCGGAGGGCGACAGUGACGAUGAAGAAUAA